GUCCUGUUUUUUUAUCUUGAUCAAAGUUCCAGUUUGUGAAUUUUAAACUUUAUCGUAGGAUUGAGGACUUUUAUCUAAAAUCCGAAUCCUCUGAUUACAGAGAGAAAACCAUGAAACAGAUCAAACAUGUUUACAGUCUAAAAGAUUUGUUUAGACUUGUUUUUCUAGUUCUGGUAGUCUGUAUUUGGCAUUCUUUAAAAAUCUGCUCCUGGAUCUGGCUCAUCAUAUCCAGUUUGUCAGUGAACAACCAAAGUGAACUGGAUUACCCAAUCCUAAAAAUCUGGAUCCUUUUAAUCUGGAUUACAUUUUUUUUACAAGCAGACCCUGUUUUUGUUUUCAGAUUAUCUUUUAAUCGAGCAACAUGACGUUUGUCUCACACAUGAUCUUUACCUGUGGACACACAUGAGCUCUACCUGUCACAUGAUCUCUACCUGUGGACACACAUGAGCUCUACCUGUCACAUGAUCUCUACCUGUGGACACACAUGAGCUCUACCUGUCACAUGAUCUCUACCUGUGGACACACAUGAGCUCUACCUGUCACACGAUCUCUACCUGUGGACACACAUGAGCUCUACCUGUCACACGAUCUUUACCUGUGGACACACAUGAUCUCUACCUGUCACAUGAUCUUUACCUGUGGACACACAUGAGCUCUACCUGUCACAUGAUCUCUACCUGUGGACACACAUGAGCUCUACCUGUCACACGAUCUCUACCUGUGGACACACAUGAGCUCUACCUGUCACACGAUCUUUACCUGUGGACACACAUGAGCUCUACCUGUCACACGAUCUUUACCUGUGGACACACAUGAGCUCUACCUGUCACAUGAUCUCUACCUGUGGACACACAUGAGUUCUACCUGUCACAUGAUCUCUACCUGUGGACACACAUGAGUUCUACCUGUCACAUGAUCUCUACCUGUGGACACUUAAACGAGCGAUAAACUAGUUCCACACGUUUUAGGACUUUUAAGUUCUUUCAUCUGUCCCACAGCACCUGAAGGCAGCGCGGGAGGGGGCAGAGCUUGCGUGCUGACGUCAGAGCAGGCAGGACCUCAGACAGGCUGAGCACAGAGCGAGCGGCGCCAUGCAGUACCGUCGGAGGAGCUAAGCAGCAGAAAUGCCGCCCGAAAGGCUCGGCCCGGGAGUCCGACCGUCGCGUUGUUUCACUGAUACAACAUGUGAAGAGGCAGGAAGGGCGGGAAGGAAGGGCGGGAAGGGUAGGAAUAUGGCGGAGUGUUGAGUCGGUGUAGCGUGGCACAGGCGGUGGAUCGUUUCCAAAGUUGUCGGUUAGCAGGGCGCGUGUGAAGGAUCGGUCUUAAAGGCACAGUGCACCCCCCCUCCCGGAGGAGCCCCCCCCUCCCGGAGGAGCCUCCAACAUGGAGAGGGAGCAGAGCGACGCGGACCCCCCUCCCGGAGGAGCCUCCAACAUGGAGAGGGAGCAGAGCGACGCGGACCGGGAGCGGGAGCGGGACCGGGACCGGGACCGGGACCGGGACCGGGAGCGGGACCGGGAGCGGGAGCGGGAGCGGGACCGGGAGCGGGAGAGGCAGUUCUGUGAACUUUGUGGUAAAAUGGAAAACCUCCUGAAGUGCGGGAGGUGCCGGAGCUCCUUCUACUGCAGCAAGGAGCACCAGAAACAGCACUGGAAGAAACACAAGCUCCUGUGUAAGGAGGCGGACAAACCAGCACCACCCGGGGACCACAAGGCACCACCCGGGGACCACAAGGCACCACCCGGGGACCACAAGGCACCACCCGGGGACCACAAGGCACCACCCGGGGACCACAAGGCACCACCCGGGGACCACAAGGCACCACCCGGGGACCACAAGGCACCGGAGAAACCCCGCGAAAAGACCGGAGACAGCACGGCUUCACCGACAGAACCCGGGGACAAACCGGGGGACAAACCGGGGGACAAACCAGGAGAGGACGGGUCUAACGACACCGCCACACCUAACGGACAGAGCAGCUCGUCCCCACAGAAACUGGCCGUGGAUUACAUCGUUCCCUGCAUGAACAAACACGGGAUCUGCGUGGUGGACCACUUCCUCGGAGACGAGACCGGGAUGGGGAUCCUGGACAACGUCAAAGCCCUGCACAAGACCGGGAAGUUCACGGACGGACAGCUGGUGAGUCAGAAAAGUGAUUCGACCAAAGACAUCCGGGGGGACAAAAUCACGUGGAUCGAGGGCCGGGAGUCCGGCUGCGAGAAGAUCCGGUUUCUGAUGAGCCGCAUGGACGACCUGAUCCGGUACUGCAACGGAAACCUGGGGGACUACACGAUCAACGGGAGGACAAAAG